AUGAACGGCGAUAUUAGUCUCUCACAGGCGCUUGGCGGCCUACGAAUCGCCAAUCCCGACGACUCCCCCAAUCUCUCACAGGACACCUCCACGAGUCACGACGAUGACCACACAACUCAAGCGGGCAAUAGGACGGAAUUCGAAGAGACCAGCGGUCCCAACGCUCUCCAAAAUGCCGAAUCUCAACCAGGGCCUCGAGAUACCCCUCCCCGACAGCCCCACACAUACGAAUCGGCCGCGGCUAUCCUAAAGAACGCACAAAACAACUUGAAUGCUACACGUGGCAUUCCAGGCUCAACGGGCUCCAGCGACCCUCAUCUCCCUUCACAAUAUGGCUCAUAUCAGCUCGCAAAUGAAGGGCAGCCACCGGCCUCUGCGCUCUUGCCUAGCCAGGGUCGGGGAGCCGAACAAGAGGUGCAAGGGGAUCCGUAUGGGGCCCCCAGGAACGAACAGGCUCGAUCAUCUGUUUACGGGAUGAGGAGCGAUCCCUCGCCAGUAGGAGGAGGAGGAGGAGGAGGAGGAGUUGCCACAAUCCCGGGCAUCCCGCAAGCACCGGCUGGGAGUUAUGGGCCGGAGAUGCCACUGCCCGCAAGUAGUGAGGAGUGGAAAGACCGAGGCGCGGCCGUGAGCUUGAAAAGAGAGGUUGAUGCCGAAGGGAAGACAGUUGUUAGGUCCGUCAAAAAGGGCGUUCGGGACUUUUCGUUUGGGCGAACUCUGGGGGAGGGUUCCUACAGCACCGUCUUCCUCGCCACCGACCGCCAGACCUUACGAGAGUACGCGGUCAAGGUGCUCGAGAAGAAGCACAUCAUCAAGGAGAAAAAGAUCAAAUACGUCAACAUCGAGAAGAACACCCUGAACCGACUUACCGAUCACCCGGGGAUUGUCCGGCUCUACUACACUUUCCAAGACGAAGCUUCACUCUACUAUGUUCUGGAUCUCUGUAACGGUGGAGAGCUCCUGGGUGUCUUGAAGAAAACGGGGACCUUUGACGUCGAAUGCACAAGGUUCUACGGCGCCCAGAUCCUGGACGCGAUUGCAUACAUGCACUCACGGGGUGUCAUUCAUCGCGACCUCAAACCCGAAAACGUGCUUAUGGAUGACCAGAUGCACAUCAAAAUAACCGAUUUUGGCACGGCCAAGCUCUGCUUCCCGCCGGCGGCGCGUGAUCUUGUGGAGCGAUGCUUAGUGCUGGACCCAACCCGGCGCCUCACCGUGGACCACAUCAAAAACCACGAGUUUUUCGACGGACAGCAGUUUGGGAAGGAGUUGUGGCGGACGAAGGCACCGCGCUUACGGCCAUACGUGCCUCCAGCACAGGAGCCCCACAUCAUUCAGCUCAAUGGGACCGGUGGAUCGAGCCCGCCGAAGCCAAAUUCUAGAGGAGCCCACGGUCCGCCGAACGGCUCAAGACCGGCCCAGGAUUAUCACGGAACUACCACCGCCGACACAAUUGGACAUCGAAUGGUCGCCGGUCCUGACGAGAAACAACGAGCGGAUAUUGAAGCUUGGCGACCUGAUGGUAAUAUCAUCACCCAUCCCAAACACACCACCAAGAAGAGACAGCGACUCGUCAUGAUUACCUCUGGCGGACGGAUUGUGCUCGCACCUGCUGGCGGGGAGGAGAAGCGUGCCAAGCAAGAGAUCUCGUUGCUGGGAUCUGAUUGCGUGUGGAAGACCCAGUUAGACGCCAAAGGACAGGCAGUGUGGUGUGUCGACACAAACGGUGUGCAUUACACUUUUGAAGAACCCAAGGCGUCGCAAAACAGCGAGGCUAAAUUCUCGGUUGACGACUGGAUCGAGUCUCUGGAGAGAGCAAAGGAUCUGGCUAUCUCGCAAACCCUAGCAGGUCCCUACAACAGCGACAACGGAUUUGGCGACAUGUCAUCGUCCAUGUCGAGCCCGGAGAGCACCAUGGGAGGAAGGACAAAUUUUACCGAGGGCUACAGCAUUAGCGACAGAUCGGGCCGCAAUCAGCUUAGCAAGAGCCAAGCGAGCCUGGAGGAGGUAAAUGUGAAGCGCAACCGCUUCAGCAAACGACAGUCCAAGAACGGGCUGGGCGCGGCAUUUUGA